UAACGGGAUAAACAGUUCAUUGGCCCCAGCGCCGUCCUCGCCCUGGAAGAUGGUGGCCAAACAGAGGAUCCGCAUGGCCAACGAGAAACACAGCAAGAACAUCACGCAGAGAGGAAACGUCGCCAAGACGCUGCGACCGCAGGAGGAGAAGUAUCCGGUGGGUCCCUGGCUGCUCGCCCUCUUUGUUUUUGUUGUGUGUGGAUCAGCCAUAUUUCAGAUCAUCCAGAGCAUCCGUAUGGGGAUGUGACUCGGGGAAACUGUGGACUCCCCUCGCCUUCCUCAUGCCCUCACGGAGCCCGGCCACCCUGCGUCUGCACACUGGAGACCCCUCUCCCUCUGCAGAGGCCCAGAGACACAACCCCCCCGCCCCACGGACAAACCCUUCCCCUGGAUCGUCGUCAACAGUGUUGCAGUCUGUGGUUCUGACAGCUUUUCUAUGGACAGUCUACAACCACGAUGGCUGGAGAGCACGUUGUGUCUCCCGCUUGGCGCCUGUAUAUGUGCGUGUUAAAGGGAUAUUUAGUUGUCUUUUAACUGGGGUUGUGUGAAGUUCUUAUGAGUAUCUGCAAUAGACAGCAGUCUUUCUUAACUGCUGAACAUCUGAAUUGUAAGAUCAUGUUGCAGGAUGGACCAUCUUUCACUUUUCAUGAAAAUGACUAAAUAUACUGUUCUCUCAAACCGCUGUGAAAUGUUUUUAGUUUUGCAGUCAAGAAACUGACCACUCAAGAGCACUUCACAUAAGCUCACCUAAAAGGAAAAAAAAAACAACGAAAUAUCCCUUUAAAAGGUGUGUGUCUCCCACCAGUGAGUUCCGCAAACAAUGUGCCAUAAUUCUCUAUUUAACUAUUUGUCUGUGUUGUAUAAGAACUGUUUUUUUUUUGUUUUUUUUUAUAAAUAUUGAGCAUUUAAAGAGUACCCACUUUCAAUUGUGCUUUUGCAGUUUGCAGACUAUGUUUCUGACUGCACAGGAUGGUACCGGAGCAGGCCGAGUCCAUGUAGUCGUAAUGCCAAACCUCUGGAAACAGCUGCCCCUGCAUGUGAGGCAGCCUUCUACACUGCCUGUUUUUACAUCUCAUUUAUUUCUUUU